AGGCAUUUACAAACAUGCAUCACCUCACCAGGCUUUGCCUUAUUUUUAGUGGUAUCAUAUUGUGUGUAGAAGGUGCUUCUAAUUCCCAUACCUGCAAUUGCAACUGUGGUUACAGGUACAGCUAUGGCCAACUCCUUGAUGGCCAUCACAGUUACAGCUGCCAACCCAAAAGAGCUGGUCAAUUGAAGUUCACCGAUGGUAGAUUGUUUGUCUGCACUGGAAAUGAAUGGAAAGCCCUGCAGUAUGUGAAUGAAUCUUCGACUACUCCCAACGUUCCUUAUGGAUCCAAAGCUAAGCCUGGUUUCUCAUGCAAAGAUAUCAAGACCAAAAAUAAUGGAAAGCAAAAUGGCAUCUUUUGGAUCAGAUUGAAUGGUACUGAUACAGAUUAACCUGUUCAUGAAGCAGGGCUUCUGAUAUUUCGCGGAAAAAAACGCAAAAUUUCGCGGGAUUUUCAGGGGCAAAUUCGCGGAAAAAUCGGCCGAUUUCGCGGGAUUUUCGCGGGAAAAAAGUCAAAAUUCGCUCACAAAUCGGCCGAUUUCGCGGGAGAAAAGUCAAAAUUCGCAGAAAAUCGGCCGAUUUCGCGGGAUUUCAGUGGAAAAAAGUCAAAUUUCGAAGGAUUUUCAGGGGCAAAUUCUUAGAAAAAUCGGCCAAUUUCACGGGAAAUUUCGGCGCGAAACUUCGCCAAGAAACAAUCAGUAAAAACAGCCGAUUUCGCUCGAAUUUUUUUGGCAAAUUUCGUUAAAAUUGAUCAAUUUUGCGUUGAUAUGACCAGCGUUGCUUAACUUUUUUUUUCACAGGGAUGAUCAUUUGCUCUUUCAACAACAGUUCGCUCGAGAAAUGAACGAAUGCUAAAGCUGUUAACAUUAUGGUUAGUGCCCAGUUUUUCGCAACGUUCAUCUAAAAACGCCUGGUAGUUUGGAGACGUUGUUUACUCGUUGCAGUGACGAAGUUUCAAGAUAAAUUUGGACGUUUGGGGUGAAUAAAACAGGUCUAAUAGCCAAGAUAAGUAUUAAAUAUGUUUUGCCGACAUGUAUUUGGAAAUAUUUCUGACGGAUUUCGCGGGAUUUCGCGGAAAUACCUGAAUUUCGCGGGUCCGCGACCGCGCGAAAUAUCAGAAGCCCUGAUUUAUUGAAGGGUGUCUUGAAAGGCUUAAGGAACAUAAAGACCCCUAGACCCAGAAUACUCAAAAACAUUAGAAUAAAUAUUAAAAUCUUUUCUUGAUUUGUAUUUGUAAAACCUCAAAUUUCAAGCAGUUAUGUCGCCUUCCUUAAUAAUAUAGCUUCCCUAGAGGGAGUUUUCACUUUGAGUUAGAUUGUUUUGGAUGCCAGAUUGAUCCCCAGGUGGAUGCAUGUUUCUAGUGGCUGUUUAUUUGGUGUAUUUUUCGCAGUUGGGUUAAUUCCUAUUCAGCACCUAUAUUUAAUCCUAAAGUGACUGUGUUCCAAUAUUGAAAAGAUAGGAUUGUUGUUGAAUUACUGUAGGUGCAUUAUAAGUCAGGAAAGCUCACAGCGGGAGCUUGCUCUCACCAGUUUUAUAUUGAUCUUUAAGGGGUCGUUUUUGUGAAGACAUCGUUCCAUUUCUGUAUUUUGCAGCAUAUUUAAAACAAAAAACAACCUCCAUGUGAGGCCACCACUCCUGAUUGACCUGACUGUUUGACCACAUCCCAUAAAACCCACCUUAAUUCUAUCCCAUGCAUCCCUAUCCAAAACACAGAAAAUUUCUUAAUCAAAAUCUUUCUGUAUGGUUAAAGUGACUAUUACCUGCACUUUUUGCAGUCAUUUACGUUUGCCGCUGUUUGUUCCUCAUGUACUAAGCAAUCUCUUGACACAAUAUUAUACCUGCCAACUCUGAUCUCACGCCUUAGGCGUGAGUCUUCUCCUGCGGGUUGAAAACUUCAAUCUCAUGCCGGCUCAGGCUUGCGGACCAAUUUCUCACACAUGAUUGAAAAAUGUGAGUUGUUGCCGUCUUGCUUGACACAAUUUCCAAAAAUAUGUUAACUCAGACCCAUUGUAAGGAACGAAAACCAUGUUUAAAAUGAAUAUUAAAUGACAAAUACCAGUUCCUCACGAUCUCGAGUUUUCCCGAUAACUUCGCCUUCGGCAGACUUUGGACGUCUUCGGAAGCCUUCGGAAAUCUUCGGAAGACGUCGGACUUCUUCGGAAGACUUCGGACUUCUUCGGGAAUCUUCGGAAAUGAUCGUGUCAUCUUCAAAAAUCCCAGCACUCCCAGGAUAAAAAUCUCACGCUUAUAUCUCAGAAAAAGUUGGCAGGUACAAUGUAUGGUCUGAACUGUAAUGUUCAAUGCAUUUUAAUAUGUACUAUAGCUAUCAUGAUAUAUGUGGCACUGCAGAAUAAUCAAAAUGUUUGCAGUACAAUUUUGAAAUAUACUGUCAGUAUUAGGUACACGUACAUGCAGUAGUCAGUCACCUGAGAGGUUCCCUAAAAUGGCCCCUGAGUGUGGGCUCCCGAUCCUGUGGUAUGUGACAUAUCAUUCAUCUUUGCAUUUUGAGUGGUGGCCCAUGGAUCAAGGUUCUACUGUAAAUACUGCAAACGAUAACAAAAAAUUGUUGCGUUACAAGCAGCCCCCACCACAGGAAAGUCCACUCCAGUGGUGAAUCGAGGCAAGUGGCAUAGGUUGCCUAACUCAUCCAGAUGCUGAGAUUACAGGCAGGCCCACUCAUGCCCUCAUGCCCAGUCACAUACCCAGUAACUAUGGUUACAUGUUUUUGGGGUGAGAGAAGAUUGGUGUUAGGUUGGGGUAUGCAAGCUGACUCAUCGGAAGGGACAAAGAACAAAUAGCAUCACUAUUUUUGCUUCAUCCCUUCCCAUGAGUCCCCACACACCUCAACCUAACAUCAAUCUUCUCUCACCCCCAAAAACAUAUACCGGUAAAUCGUGACCGGGUACAAGUCUGCAGAGGCCCUGCCGAGGUGGUGGCCUGCCCACCCAUCCUAUUGUACUCCCCCGAGACUUAAGGUGAAAACAAUCAUGUACGUGAAACACAUCUGUCCAAGAGCUAGAGUGUUACAUUGACUCAGUCAAACUAUAUGAAACAUCAUAAUUGCUUUAACAUUGCUGAAACCUCUUUUUAUUUGCAGAUAAGGAAACAUCUUUUCCAGUUUACUGUGAUAUGGUUGCUGGAGGUAAGUAAUUUGUUUAUGUUCAUUGAUUUUUUUAAAACAUACAAGGUUUAAUUUUUAACCCAUGAAUUACCAUAGAGAUCUGAUCUUGUUUUUGUUGAACAAUAUAUUUUAAUGAGUGUGUAUAAUAUGCGAGCCAUGCGAGUCAACAUGUGAGUCAACAUGCGAGCCACGCGAGUCAUGCGAGUCAGCAUAAAAUAACUUUGUUUUUAACGUAAACUACUAAGUAACGUAUCUAUUCCAAAGGCAGGUCCUUUAAAAUUCAGCUUCAGAAAAAUUCGCCAACAUACAAAUUGAACGAGGUGAAACAAUAACAAAGGUUUGAGAAUGUGUUAAACAAAGGUUUAAAGGUUCUUCCUCGGUCACGUUUAAUGAGUCACACCAUAUGUGGUAAACCACGUGACCAGAACAUAAAAAACACUCUUUAAAACCCAAACGUCUUGCGUCUUUCAUAAUAAAACCAAUGCCAAUGGCUUAAGAAUAUCGCGAUAAAAAAUCUGACUUACUAACAAGUUUAACGUUCCUUCUCAAAAUUCACAGUUAUUGAAAAAGCUAUGACGUCAUUGAGGGGUAUUUUCGUUAGCGAGUCAACAUUUUACGAGUUUAUUCCUUGCGAUUUACUUAAGAUGUUUCUUUUCUUCAAGUUUAUACACUCGAUAAAAUUGCGGGCGACAUGACUUAGGACUCAUGACUUCGGGCGAGAUGACUUUCGGGCGACUUGACCGGUUACCUUUUCAUACAUUUUCUUUAAAAGACUUUCUUGCUGUCGUCUGAACGCUAAUUUCAUGCUACAAAUGUUAAAAAAGUUAAAUAGCUUAUGAUUCGACAAAAAAUGGAUUCUCUUUCCUUCGAACUUCUGUCUCGCAUGGCUCACAUGAUGACUCGCAUGACUCGCAUGACUCACAUGUUGACUCGCAUGACUCGCUGGCUCGCUGGCUCGCAGUUUGUCAAGACCCUAUUUUAAUUAACAUACAUUAAAGAAAAAAUGAGCAGUCCAGACAAAACUGAAAGUUAGGAGCAAUAGAUUAUUUCACAAUGAAUUAAAAUAGCUUAAUUGUCUUAACCUACUGGAGGCUCUGUCUGGACCCUUACAUUAGACCAAAAGGUUGUCGGUGAGCACUUCGGAGAUCAGAACAUCAUGUCAUUUUAACCCCAGAGGAGAUCCUUCUAUAACUGGUCGCUAUGAAGUAUUCUCAGCUAUAGUUGAUGCAUGGUAUGGGUAUACUCAACAUCACUAUUACAAAGAAUCUGUAGCUACCACAACACAUUUUACUCUCCAUUAUAUGGAACAAUACCCUGCAAUGAUAAUGCCCCCAGUGGUGUGCAAGAAAAACAUUUUCCACUCAUUUCGUUACACUCAGCCAGUGGAAAAGUACUCUUUUCUAGCUCCUGUGAUCUUAUUCUUCACACAACUUCAAUUUUUUUAAACUCUUUUAUUACGGCUUUGACAUGUUCAAUGCCAGCACUUGCUUUCAGUCACCACAAUAAUUGUGGAUGGGUAAAUUAAAUUAUUGUGUACUAUAUGAUUCUAUUUUUAUUGAUUCUUGGAAUGCAAUAGUGUGUAUCUAAAUUUGUCAACUACUUUUAGGCUGGACCAUGGUAUUUAAGGCUGUGUCUGGAGUGAAAGAAAAUGUGUAUAGUACAUACACCUCUGGUCAGACAUACCAUGAGAAAGUGCUUGCAGCUCUUGACGUCACUAACAGUUACUUUAAUGACUACAAGAACAGGAUUGUUUUGAAGUGGAAAGAUUUUGGAGCAUCAGAGGUAAAAUUUGUUUAGUGCUACUAAUAAAAUACAUCUAUGUGAUUAAAAUUACAAAUGCAAAGGAUGAAAAUUAAGUUGUAACUCAGAGUUUCACACACUUAGGCAAUGGUCUUAAAGUGCUAUGAAACUAAUUUUCAUCUUCUCUAUUUCACUCUGUAUUUUCAUGCAAAUAAUUGAUAGCACUCCUAGGAUAAGUGCAUAAACUAUAUAUAUAUAUAUAUACAUAUUUUUUUUUUUUUUCAUUACACCCAGGCAUCCCAAUCUCACAUGUAAUUUGCUUUCUCACAAGAGAGUCGGUGUCACGUUACAGGAGACCACUGACACAUUGUAUGAGAAAUUAAAUGCUGAGAUUUACGAACAGUAAAUAUACAUGAUAUUUUACCUUAAAAUGUAAAUAAAGAAGACUUACCUUUGAUGUAUUCCUGUGUUUUUUGGUGUGAAUUCUUUGAUUUAGUCAACGUUUUGGCUCUGUUGAACCCUGUGGCUUAAUUCACAAGAAGAUUGUGGAGUAAUUAUAAAUUUCCUUUAUUCAUUUAACAAAAAAAAAAUUAUAAUUUUAUUAAAUAAAAAUUUUGAGUUCUUGGAACACUUAAUAUCGUUAUAAUCCUUUUUUUCUUUUUUUUUUCUAUAAAAUAGAUAAAAGAGACUUACUUUGUCUUAUACAUUUAGUAUAUAGAGAGUAUUAAGAAAAUCAAUAAUUUGUUCUUGUUGUAUGGACUUGUAACUGCAUACUGUUUAUGUCCCCCCUUUCUUAAUGUCCUAUAAAAAAACUUUUGUACCCUUCUCAGACAACAUGUCAAUGGUCACCUGUAACGUGACAUCGACUCUCUUGUGAGAAAGUAAAUUACAUUUCACUCUCAUAAUGUGAGCUUGGGAUGCCUGUGGUCAUUAAAAUUAUACCCCUGAGUAUGUGGUGAGUAAUGGACUUUGACUUUUUACAUUAUUAGGUGGCAGUAUAAAUGAAUAGUGCUUGCUAACCUUCAACACAAAGUUUUAUUUUCUCAAUAACAGUUUAUUUUUUGCUUACAUUAUGUGACUUAUGUACAUGUCAAAUUUUUAAAGGUAUGCAUAAGCUGUAAAUCAAACUAUUUAAUGUAGGGCUUUUUCCCUUUUAUAAUUGGAAUCAAAGGUGAGAAUUUAAUUUCCCGGUAAAUCCAGACUCGGAAUUCAUUGUAAGUGUACCCAAGUUCUUUAAAAUUCUUGUCAUUAAAACUAGUAUUAAAACACACCGAACCCAAGAGAUCAAUUGUACAAAUCAUUUCCAUCAACAUUUACAUUCACAUUUAUAUUAUUUUACACAUUUUCAUAAAUUUAUUAAGUCCACACAUGUACUUAAGAUUAAUUUUAGUGCUCCUGUCGCUGCCAGUUCAGCAUAAAGAUCCAUAAAUUUAUUGCUAUUUACGGCAGAUAUAGCGCCUGGAAAGAAUCCAUUUUUAUUUACCUUUCCCUUGAGGAGCUUUGAGGUACCGUUCUUGAACAAUAUACCAUCAAAAGAAAAUUAAUGUUCCAAAGAAAAUAGGAUAAAAUGGUUAAAGUAACGGAAGAUGGUUUUUUAUUUAGCUGCGGAAACAGGCAAAGUGUUAAAGUGAACACUGAGAUGUCACUUGUUAAUUCUUAAAAAUGGAAAUUUGUCGUUCACAUUAGAAUUUUCUUUCCCCUCCUUCCCGACGAUUGUUUGUGCUCUCUGAGAGGAUUGAUGCCAGUUUUCGGGGGCCAUUUCGUUUAUCGCUUCUACUCCUUGGAAGGCCUCAUUACUGGAAAGUUUUGACCAUUACUAAGAAACACUUCAAUUCUAAAAACUACUCUGACUUAUUGAAUUUUAAUGUUUUUCUUUUUCUUCGUGUGUAUAUUUCAUGAAGCAUUUUUCUGACAAACAGCACCGUACCGUUAGUAACCUAAAGUUGAGUAAAAAUCCUUGUUCAUUUUAUUUUAUUGUGUUGCUAGUAGUCUCGAAAUGGACUUACUACAAGUCCCAUUAUUUCGCUCACGCCAGUCGUUUCAAUAAAUCUUCCCGUUUGUUUGUAAUUUCUUUAAGGCAAGAGUUGUUCUCUAUAAAGGAGGAAAGCUGAUGAAGGAGCUGAAAUUCAAUGCUAAGGGAUCGGACAAACUCAACUGGUUUUCAUUGUCCAGAUUGAGUCAGAGCCCCUGGUCUGAUAUCAAGAGUGAGCCAAAGAAUUACUUUUCUAUCGUUGGAAAGCCAAAAGAUUAUCGCCACUUCUUCAUCAACAGGAACUAUGGGGGAUGUAGUGCUGAUGCCGGGUGGAUGUUGGUUUCUGGACCUGUCUUCUGCACUUGGGAGACACGUUUCUUGCCUCGCAAGAAUGUUAUACUGUACAGCAACAAAACUGUUUACACCAAUUGGAACACUUACAGUGAGUAGAAAAAACGAGCGAACAAACAGUUGACUUCUCUUAUUAUUAUUCUUUGCCCGUGUCAUGCAAGGGCACUGGAAAUGUUAAUGCUGAAGGCGAAGGGAGAUGAUAGUGGCCCUAAAGACCAACGCUCAAACGUUUUUUAAUAGUCCACACUAUCAAGAUGAAAAUUCUCCUUUCUUGUAUCCAUACAUUUGUCAUAGCAAGGCUGGGAAGUUGUUGUUACUUGAUCAAAUACCCUGUGCUGCAGGUGCAUUUUUUGGGCGCGGCUGGCUUUACGUAUUUCCUUGAACCAUGGUAGUCGCAAUUAAUUCUGGGAAGCGGUUUAGAGAGUAUGUUUAUAACGAGUAUGCAAUAAGGCGAAAGAAGAUAAUGAAGUCCCCUUGUCUUCUUUCCUCCCCUCCUCCACUUCAGCCUAACACCCACUAACUCCCAUGUAUGUAUGUAUGUAUUUUGAUUUUAGGCAAUGUUGGAGUGGCAGAUGUUAUGGCAGUCUACUUGCGCUGAGGUAACAGCUUUCCAGUGCUUGUAUUCGUUGAGCCUCGAUGUUUUGCAACGAAAGUG